AGAGCAUUAAAAUAAUUUUUUUUCUUUUCCGAUCCUUUUUAGCGCUAUUCCCUGCGCAACUCCUCGGGGACACCAUGGCUCCGACGCCUGCCUCUUCGCCCGAUAUCACCAAAGACACUCCGGUGAUCCAACUUCAUGCCAAGACUCAUUUUCCAAUCAAGUUGGUAUCCACCAACUUCGUCAUCUGGCAACGCCAGGUCCGAUCUACUCUCAUCGGUUUAGAUCUCCUUGGCUAUAUUGAUGAUACCAUGGUUGCUCCGCCCAUGACUCUGGCUGAAUCCGCCAAUCCUUGCUACUCUAUUUGGUUUCGUCAAGAUCAAUCUAUCGUCGGUGCUCUCCUUGGCAGCUGUUCUGAUCAGGUUCAGCCUCUUAUCUCUAAUGCUGAUACCUCUCAUGCUGAUUGGACAAGCCUUCACUCUGCGUUCGCAAGCGCCACCCGCGGGAGGGUUGUAUCUCUCAAAACCAAACUCGGAAAGAAUCCUCGUGGGGAUCGUUCUAUGGCUGAAUACUUAUUUGACAUGCAAUCCCUUGCGAAUGAACUUGCUCUCAUUCAAUGUCCUAUUUCUGAGGAAGAUCUUGCCUGUCACGUCUUGAAUCAAGUCAGUGAUGAGUACGACUCCAUUACGUCUGCGGCCUUGCUCCGUCCCACCUCCAUUCCUUUUACCGAACUUCAGGAUGUGUUAAAGGAGCAUGAGCGGAAGCUCAAGGCUGCGGAAGAUACCAAGGUUGUGGUUGUCGCUACUGCCAAUGUCACGCAGCAUCAACGCCACUCCGGGGGUAGGUCCGCCGUGCGUGACUCUUAUUCCCACAACUCCUCCAGCAGCAGUGGUGUUAAGAGGGGCAGUAGUGGCAGUCGUGGUUCUCGGUUCUCCAAGCCAUCCCACUCGUGUCAAUUCUGUGACAUCCCGGGUCAUGACGUGAAGGAGUGCCGCAAAUUAUCUCGAUUCCUUCGCACGCAUGGUGUUAAUUCUCUGCCCACAGCAAAUGCUACCACUCGGUCUAGUUCUCACAAUUCUCCACAGUGGAAUCAAGGGGAGAAUAAGUUUGAAUCCUAGAGAGGAAUCUUCACUAUCAAAGGAAAGUCUCAAAGCCCCCUUCCUGCACUCUCGAUUUGGUAUUAUCUUCUUCACCAAAAAAAGUAUUUUUCCCCCCAAAUCUUUAUGGCACACUCACCGUUGAUUUAGUAAUAAAGGUAUAAAUCAACGAUGUUUUUGAAGAGUUGAAAAUAGACCGCCAUUAAAAGUUAAGCCUGCAACUAUUCCGUUCUUCUAUGCAUUGGGAAACUUUAAUUGUUCAUCGGGUUUCCCUUGAAUUGAGAAGUGGAUCAUUUUCUUCACAGAAAGCGGUUUGACAUCCGCAGAGAAUAACACACCGCAGCCAACAACAAUCCGCACAGACUCUGGCUUCUGAAGAUGAAACAGCAAAGCCAACAAUCCUCAAUCGACAGCAAUCCGGCUCAUAGUUGUGAAAAUGAUGGUUUGUGAAUGGAUUGGCCAUGCCUUUAUUUCUUGUUUUCAAGGAGAAUAAACAUCAAGGCGCACGUACUUUUACUUUAGCCACAACUAUCUGGAAUUCAAGUGCAAGUCUCUCAAUUCCUCAGUUUAAAUAAAGGUUUCCUUCUUAAAGAGUAGGAGGGACAAUUGGUCAUUCUAGAGGCAAUGAAAGGUAAAUGUGGGCUUCAUUUCAGGGAUCUAAUUGAAUACAACCCAGAACAAGUUCUUCACGUACGUUUAAUACAAAUAGAUGAAUUGGAUUCAAAUGGGAAAAAGUGCUUUACUUUGCUGUUAUUCGGAAGUAAAUUUUAGUGCGAUCAAGUGAAAAAAGGUGUAACAAUUUU